CCCAGCUCAUUGUAAAAAACGACGCCGUUGGUCCGAAAUCAGAAACAAAACAUCCGCUAUAAAUUCCUGCCUAACUCCUCAUGCCUCCCUCCCCCCCUGCGCGCGUGCCACAAUAUUACAACUUCAACUACCUUCUCUCGGAGGAUUCUUUCAGGCGUUUUUCUGUUGAAGCUUUUGGAUUUUUGAAGAUGAAUCAAUUGUAUCAUCAGAAGAACGCCUUUGGCGCGCGUGAGGAGGCGCGUGGGUUCGAGUUCUCCGAUCAGAGGGAGUCUGUUGUUUGUCCGAAGCCACGACGAGUUGGGAUUUUGGCCAAUAAUUCCUCUAGGCCCUUGAGAUGGCAAUUGAAUCAUCUAGUUGAGGUGUCUGAUUCAAACGCCGGGGCAGAACUUCUGGACAUCAUUCUCACGAAGGAGGGUUAUGGGUCGGAACAAACUGCAUACCAGGUAGCAUCUUCGCCCCCAUAUUUUUGUGGGUCUCCUCCGAGUAGGGCUGCCAACCCUUUAAUUCAAGAUGCUCGAUUUGGGGAUGAAAAACUCACACCGUUGCAAGUACCAGUAGUUUCGUCCCCAUCUGGUUUACUAUCCCCAUCAUCAUCGGCACGCAAGGCCGGAUGCACUAGAAUGAAGUUUGGGCUUAAACCAGCAACUGUUAGAGUAGAAGGAUUUGAUUGCCUCAACAGGGAUCGCCAGAAUUCCAGCAUCGCUGCUAUGGCUUAAACUUCCAUAAAAGAAACUGUACAUAGAAGGAAGCUGAAUGUCAACAUUAUUCAUGAGAACAGCAGACCUAACAAGAAGAGGGAGUUUUGAAUAUUUUUGGAUAGAAUUCAGAUGAUAUGUUUAGUAGUGUAUAUAAAUUAUUAUGUGGUUUUUUGGUCUCAUUGCUAAUAUCUCUGCAAGUAGUCCCGAUUGAACAGCAAACCCUGUGACUUGAACAUUUUGGAGAGCAUGGUGAUGCUAUAUGUAAUAUAUGAUAAAAAUGAUUAGUAUUGGGAGGGUCUUUCCAUUUGUUUGAUGAACAAUCACCAUGGAAAGAAUUUGUACAGUGUCUGUUGGUGAUUGAAAUUUGGUCAUUGACCCUGUAAAUGUAUUUUGGCAAUUGUUAAUGGCCUGGUUUGUUUAUCUUUUUCCUCUCUGUUGCCACUUUGUUACAUAUACAUAAAUGAAGAGAGCUGCUUUAUCUAUUA